AUGGCUGCAGAUGACAAACGGUCUCCGACACUGGACUCUACCAGUGAUCUACCUCAUUCUCCUAGUAGUCCAUCUCAUCUCACUCACUUCAAACCUCUGACUCCUGACCAGGAUGAGCCUCCUUUUAAAUCAGCCUACAGCUCUUUUGUAAAUCUCUUCCGUUUCAGCAAGGAGAGAGCAGAGGCAGGACAGAGUGAUCCACAAGCAUUGAGUGGUGGCUGGUCCAGUCCUCAGCAUCCUACCAGGGCUCAGUCUCUGAGGUCACCGGUUCCUUACAAAAAACAACUGACUGGUGAGCUGCAAAGAAGAUCUUCUACAACCUUGGACAAUCGAAGGAAAGUAGAACCGCCUCUUGGAGGUCAUGAUCCUCGUACAGCAGUUCAGUUAAGAAGCCUCAGCACCGUUUUAAAGCGCCUCAAAGAAAUCAUGGAGGGGAAGAGCCAGGACAGUGACUUGAAGCAGUACUGGAUGCCUGACAGCCAGUGUAAAGAAUGCUAUGACUGCAGUGAGAAAUUCACCACCUUCCGGCGGAGGCACCACUGCCGACUUUGUGGGCAGAUCUUCUGUAGUCGAUGCUGCAAUCAGGAAAUCCCUGGAAAAUUCAUGGGCUACACAGGGGAUCUCCGAGCCUGCACUUACUGCCGCAAAAUAGCCUUAAGCUACGCACACUCCACAGACAGUAACUCCAUUGGAGAAGACUUAAAUGCUCUGUCAGAUUCUGCGUGUUCUGUAUCAGUGCUGGAUCCUGGCGAGCCACGCACACCAGUUGGGAGCCGUAAAGCUAGCCGCAACAUCUUUCUGGAGGAGGAUCUAACCUGGCAAAGUUUGAUUCACCCAGACUCUUCAACUACCACACUGUCUGCACGCCUUGGGUCUGUCCAGGAGGAUGCAGGGAAGUCACCAGCUAGGAACAGAUCAGCCAGCAUCACUAACCUGUCACUGGAUCGCUCAGGCUCACCAAUGGUGCCUGCCUAUGAGACAUCUGUCAGCCCCCAGGCCAGUCGCACACAUAUGAAGGCCGAGACCAGUGAAGAUGAGCGCAAAAUCCUUCUGGACUCAGUCCAGCUGAAAGAUCUGUGGAAGAAAAUCUGCCAUCACAACAAUGGGAUGGAGUUUCAAGAUCAUCGCUAUUGGCUGCGGACGCAUCCUAACUGCAUUGUGGGAAAAGAGCUGGUCAACUGGCUCAUCAGAAAUGGGCACAUAACCACAAGGGUCCAAGCCAUUGCAAUAGGACAAGCGUUGGUUGAUGGACGCUGGCUAGAAUGUGUCAGUCAUCAUGAUCAACUCUUCAGAGAUGAAUAUGCCCUCUACAGACCGUUACAGAGCACGGAGUUCUCAGAGACCCCAUCUCCAGACAGUGACUCUGUGAACUCUGUAGAGGGGCACUCUGAGCCAUCCUGGUUCAAAGACAUCAAGUUUGAUGACAGUGACACAGAGCAGAUUGCUGAUGAAGGAGAAGAUAACUUAGCCAACUCCGCCAGCCCUAGCAAGCGCACUUCAGUCAGCAGCUUCCAGUCCGCAAUGGACAGUGAUUCAGCCGCCUCCAUCAGCCUGAACGUGGAGCUGGACAACGUGAACUUCCAUAUCAAGAAGCACUCCAAGUACCCACAUGUGCCCCCUCACCCUGCCGACCAAAAAG